UCAGUAAUCAUUGUCUCUCUCUCACGUACAGAUGUACCUCGCAUUGUUCACCAAUCAGUAAUCAUUGUCUAUCUUACACGCAGAUGUACCUCGCAUUGUUCACCAAUCAGUAAUCAUUGUCUCUCUCUCACGUACAGAUGUACCUCGCAUUGUUCACCAAUCAGUAAUCAUUGUCUCUCUCUUACGUACAGAUGUACCUCGCAUUGUUCAUCAUCACCUUCGGUGCCUUUGCCUUCUUCGGAUACCUGUGCUUCGGUCGCGUACUGGAGGACUACCACUCCUUCAUCACGACCCUCGAGUCCCUCUUCAACUUCCUACUGGGCAGCUUCAGCUAUUCAGACCUGAAGGAAGCCAACCCGCUGCUGGGACCCUUCUUCUUCAUGGCCUUUGAGUGGAUCGUGGUGAUCGGUGUGCUGUGCGUUGUCAUGUCAAUCAUCAACGAGGCCCUGAACACUGUGAAGGAAGGCGACGAGAUGCAAUCCAACGAACACGAGAUUGUCGACUACAUCUGGGGCCGAUUCAAAUCGAUGCUGCCCUGGAAGUAGCCGCGCGAAAAUCAUUUGCGAAAUUCAAAUUAGUGGCGGGGGUCGUUGGCAGAAAUUUGAUCGAUGGGUUAUACUGUUAUAACACGUCGAAAAGGUUAUGGUAAAGGUUAGUGUUAAGAGUAGAAUAUUUCUGACA